CUAGAGGCGAACACUCUACCCCCCGACACCGGCCCCGUCCAGGUUCUGACAGAGGGUCCAGUGACAGCGGUCAAGCACCACCUGCCCCUCAUAGAGGCCGCCUUCCACAAACUCAAGGCCAGGGUGGAAUACAGCGCAACGUUUGACGUGGCCGAGUACAACACGAUGGAAGCCACCACUGCUGUGUCCGACGACCCCGGGGGCUGGAGUGUCCUUAUGUGCCUGAACACGACGCAACCCCGAGACGCCUGCAUCGUGAGCUCUAAGAAGGCUAUCGGGCUUGGCUACCGCAAGGUGAACGUGAUCCCAGAGCUCCAGGACAUAGUUCUCUCCCCUGCCCUGUUGUGCCGCCCACCGGAACUACCUGAGAGACACUCGGACAACGGAUCCAAGAAAUCUGCGAAGAGCUGGUGUGGUGGGGAGUUACCGUGCAUCACGUCACCAAGUCCUGCGGAACUGAAGGAUUAUGGGAGGCCGGGGUGCCGUGACGUCAUGGGCUUGUGGACAGUGGUCAAGAACGAGAGUGGCGCCGUGUGGAUGUACCAGGGAUGUGAGGGGAGAGAGGCGGUGGAUGUGGACGUGGGCCAGAGAGCCUCAGAGAGUGUGGUCAUCCCCCUACCACGUGACCUCCUGUCUAUAGACAACGUCAGUCCACUCGUCUGGCAGAUGGACAUUCUGGUGACGUCACUACAGCCCACCCGAAUGUACCUGCACCCUGACGUCAUCGUAUGGGACAGCAUCAUGGCAUUUGUGUUCAGGAAGCACCAGAGGAACAUGUCCUUUCAAGAGCUGCACCAGAUGCUGGGUGACCUGGGUUCAAACCUCUCUCUGACCACUUUGUUGACCAGGCUGAAGGUUGUCUUUCUCCAGUUCAUGAAACUCAUCACAACGCUGGCCGACACGGGGACUUUGUUUGACAGAUCGUGCCCGCGAUGUUUUCAGCUCCUGGAGUCUGUCGUGGCCUUCAACUCAUCUUUUCAUCCGGUUCUGCUACAGGUGACCCCCAGCCCCUACUCCAGUAAGCUCAACUCCCUCAGUGGCUACCUGUUGGAGCAAAAUGUUCUGGAAGAUCUCAGCGCCAUGUUGGUGACCCGGGAAACAACAGCGAGGGACGUUUUGACAGUUUUACAAGCUUCAAAUAUUGUACACCCUUACAAUGGAGAUAUUUGCUCACAAGACAAACGUGUGUGCCUCAGUGACAGAGAUCUGGUCUAUCUCCUGGACACGAGGAGAGAGCAAAGGUCAACCAGAAACUGGAGGAGGCUUUUCCCCUCUGUACUUUCUACCUGUGCUGAAACUGGCUUGAAAGAGCUCCAAAACUUGUCCCUCUCACCGGUGGAGCAACUGGCUGUUGCUAUGGAGAGAAGUUUUCUAUGUAAAGCAUCAACUUUUUCUGACUUCAACAUUCCAAAAAUUCCUGAUGGCCCAAACACUGAGGAUGAGGCCAUUUUGGGAAACUUGCACAAUAGACAUGAUGUACAGACGCUAGAUUCAGCAAAAGGCUGUGAUUCUGACCCCAACAGUCUUCCGUACCUGAGUGCCAUAGAAAUCUCGCCCUUCCUGGAGCUACAGCCAGAAUUCUCUCCCCUGACCACGGAAUACGAAGCUUUCACCGACAAACACAUCUUGAUGGUUCGGAUCCGGGCAAAGUCUAAGCAUUGUGAUACUAUCAGCUGGCUAGAUAACACAGUGGACAGCGGGCAGUGGACAAACUUCACGCUGGGUCUGGGGGCCAAUGUGGCGCACAUACAGGUGGUGGAGAAGGCACAGCCCGAGCCCUGGGUACUGACCACGUACAAGCUGACCAUACACAGGACGGAGGGGCGUGGCCGGGGCGCUGCGACACGACGACGGGACCUUGAGGGGAUGGAGACGUGUGCCGUACAACAGCAUUGUUCCCUGCCGUACGUGAGAGACAGUCCCUGUGGUCUGAGGCCGGUCAAGCCAGUGCCAAUAUGGAGUCAGUACCUCGCUGACCGCUCUUCUCUACCUGUGUGCGGGGAUGAAACUGUGUCAGGACAGUGGUACGUGCCUUGUAGCAGUUGCCAUGACAACAGCACCUGUUUGUGGAAGCAUGCGGUGUGGCAGACACAGGGGUGUCGAGAGGAACAACUGACCACUCAAGAUGUCCAGACCUGUCUCACAGGGAAGAAGGCAUUGUUCAUCGGAGACUCCACCAACAGAGGAAUCCUUCACUACAUCAUGGAGCGAGUCAACGGCUCUCUCCUCCACUGGGACAAGACCCACAAGAUAAAAGUUUACCCGCACCUCAACGCGGGCCGCACGGUGUUUGGGUUCGCUUACUACCCUCAGUUCUGGCUGCCCUCCAGGGAGAGACCCGUGUUUGAUAAAGCUCUGCACCAGCUGAUCAGCAGGAUGCAGGAUCUGUCAAACUCUAGCGACACUGUGGUUGUGUUGGGGGGAGUCCACUGGCUAGCCAGACAUCACAUAGACGUCUUAGUCACCGCUUUGAAAAGGAACAGCAGAGGUUGUUGCAUCAGAACCAGGCGGCGUUGUCGUAUGCCAAGAGCUCGGGCUUCAUCCCGGUCGACACCUUCAACAUGACCAUGGCUCGCUUUACCGACUUCCUGCCGGGGAAAUGCGCGUGUCACUUCCACAAGAUGUCUCCAGAACGUCAGAACCUGACAGAAAUGUUCAGUUAUCUGUCCGGAGAACAUUCACGACGCUACCAUGUCGAAGGAGACAUCAACGCUGCUUACUCAGAGAUGGUCAUCAACAGGAUCUGUCGGUAGAUUUGACUGGAAGAAAGAUGAAGCAGACGAAGAAAGAGAGGAGUGUAACUGAUGAGGGGAUCUGUGUGGAUGAGGAAAACACUUCAUGUAGCUCCCCAAUUCGUUGUUGAUGCUGUGAUUCUUCAGCCUUGGGGUCAGAUUGAUUGUGUGUGGCAGGGGUUGCCUAGUUUGCUUCUUCUUUCCUAUCAAACAUCUAUCGUCCUGAUCUCCACUACUUCUUUUUUGUGUUUGUUACUCUCU